AUGAAUCUUGCAUUGACUCUGUUUGUAUGUGUCCUUCAAGGGAUAUGUGGACAGGAGACUACAACAGAUCCAGUGACGACUGGAGGGGCAAAUAUAACGAGUCUGGGUGUCCAACCCUCAAUAAAGCUUGGAUAUGCUCUGCUGCUCAUCCUCGGCUUUGGCGUGUUCUCUGUGGUUGUUGCUAUCGCUUUCAAUCUUGUAAGAAAGAAAGUGUACCACGACUCUGAUAAUGUUGACACAGCGUUUGAUGCUGGUGGAAAUGUAUCAAUUGGUCUCACUGCUACCACAAUUGUUUCCCAAUGGACUUGGUCGGCUACUUUGUUACAGUCCUCUACGGUAGCAAGCAAGUAUGGUAUAAGCGGGCCUUUCUGGUACGGGGCAGGGGCGACAAUACAGAUCUUAAUGUUUGCAACGUUGUCAAUCCAACUAAAGACAAAGGCCCCAGGUGCAAAAACGUUUUUACAGGUGAUCAGGGCAAGGUUUGGCAAGAAUGCACAUAUUGUGUUCUGUGUGUUUGCCUGCGUCACCAACCUUGUUGUGAUGGUCUCUUUAUUACUAGCUGGGACUUCGGUGAUGACCAGCCUUGUCGAGGGCCUCUCCUUAGAGCUAGCCUGUCUGAUAAUGGCUGCAGUUAUGGGGUCUUAUACGCUCAUUGGCGGCCUGGGAGCAACGUUCUACGUGUCAUACUUCAACACUAGUCUCAUAUUUAGCAUGAUUAUAUUGUUGGUCAUAGAGGUGUACUAUAACCCCAGUGGAAGAGCAAGUAACCCGCUUGGAAGUCCUGAUGUGAUUUACCAUUAUCUUAAUCAAACUAAAGGACCAGAUGGGAACGCUGAAAACAGCUACUUAACAUUUCUCUCAUCUGGUGGGGCCAUGUUCGGAGUUAUCAACAUCAUUGGGAAUUUCGGGACUGUGUUUUGUGAUCAGAGUUACUGGCAGAGCAGGGUGGCCGCUAAGCCUGUCCAGGGAGUCUGGGGUUUCAUUGCUGGGGGUUUAACGUGGUUCGCCAUCCCCUUCACAUUAGCUACGACAAUGGGACUAUCAUACCUCGCCCUGGGGACCCUGCGUGGGGCACCCCUACUAUCACCUGCUGAUGUAGAUAAAGGUCUGGUCCCACCCGUUGUGGCACAGGUUUUGUUGCAAGAGUCUGGGGAGUACGUGCUUCUUCUACUAAUCCUAAUGGCGGUCAUGUCAACUGGGUCAGCAGAGGUCAUUGCUGUCGCCUCCAUCAUUGUAUAUGACAUAUACCAGAUAUAUGGCCUUCCAUUUAGACGAAACUUUAAAGAUGGAAAUUGUAUUCUCUGUAACAAGACCUUGCGUAAAAUGGAUGCAGAACAGCAACCAUAUUACAAUGGAAAAGUUGAUACCAGCACUACAGAACUCUUCACAAUGCAAAAGUACGUAUGCGUAGAAGAUAUUGAGAAAGAUAUGUGCGUUUGCCUAUCUGCAUACGGAUGCCCAGAUUGUGCAGCCGAUCGCGCAAGACGGCAGGAAUUUAGUGAUACGAAUACUGAAGAACCAUACCACUGUCCGACUCAUGGCAAAUACAGGCAAUACCAGGACAGCUUAAUGCGUAUAAAGAGUUGGAUUAUUCUAUGGUUCACAAUGUUAACAAUACCACUGAUAUUAUUUGUCGUUGGGGUUGGGCUGAAUUUGACCUGGGUGUUCCUGUUUACCGGCGUCCUUAUUGGAUGUACUGUUAUUCCGAUCGCUCUCUCUGUUAUCUGGUCUAGAGUGACGUCAGUGGCAAUGAUAGCAGGUGUUAUUUCGGGGUGUGUGUCGGGGUUAACAGCAUGGUUGAUUAUGGCAUCAACGUACGAAGGCGGUCUUGGAGAUUUCUUGAAGAACACUGGAAGAGAACUCGUCAUGUUUGUCGGCAACUGCUGUUCCAUUGGCGUCGGCGGUAUCGUCUGCAUUGUUGUUUCUCUCGUCACAGGCAAAAUCAAGUCUGAUAAAGCUUACGAAGAAUGGGAAAAGACGAGAAAUAUAGAAAACCCGUUGCACCCAUGGUCUUUGAAAUAUGCUGAAGAAUUUGGCAUUGAUAUGAACAUCGCCUUCUGGAGACCUACCCAAGAAAAUAUGUCAAAAAUAUUCAAAAGAGCGCGAUUGGUAGCAAUCAUUGUCGGAUUAGUUCUUGCUGUUGGGCUAGUUAUUAUAUGGCCCUUAGCAAUGAUGAGUAUUGGUGUUCUCUCUCAAACACAGUUCAGAAUGUGGACGCAAUUCUCCCAGGUGUGGGCGUUCACUGUUGGCACUUUCAUUGUCAUCGUACCACUUGUACAAGAAAUAUAUGGUAUAAUAAAGCAAGUGAAACAAAACAGGAAAGAUACAAAAGAACCUUCUCGUGAAGACUCACAUGGUGUAAACAGUAAUGGAACUUAUACACAUGAGCAAGUACUUAGAAAGAGGCACACACAUGAACCAGUGGAGCAUACGACUUUGUAGACAAUUGAUUGAUAAGAUGGCCUUGACCUAAAGUUAUACAUUGAAAGCCUUAACAUUGAAUUGUUUGUGUGACACAAUCACUUUGUGACUUAGAGAUGACACAGAUUGUUUUACGGAGCUGUAUACAUUAUAGGCAUUUAGAUGACCUUUCCCUAUAAAAGAUUUUACAUUCCGUUACCCUUUUAGCCAUUGCUAAAUCAAUGUGUCGCAUUUACAUGUUCAAUUCACUGCGGCAUUUGACAUACUCUCCGCAGAUAAGUAUGGCAUAUUCAUAUAAUGUAUGGCAUAUUCCGCGUAACAUUCCG